AUGAGAGGAGUACAGCAGAACUAUGGAUUUGCCAGUGAUUUUGCUUCAGAAUUUCAAGACAGUUUCCCACAAAGUUAUGGCACUCAGCAGCAGACUAAUCCCAUGGUGGAUUUUUGGCACUCGGUAGCCACAGAAAAUGGCUCAGGCUCAUCAGAGCAGAAUUUUUGGCCUGCAAAUUCAUCCAGCUCCACCAUCGGCCGGAUUGGAUCACCGGCUUCUGCUUUCUAUGCAACGGAGAGGUAUAUGGGCUUAACACACUAUGAUUACCCCAAAAACAGUCUAUAUUCUCGUUGCUCCCAACAAUCCCAGAAUUCUUAUCAGCAGUCAGGAAAUGGCUUCUUUGGAGAUUCAUCUGCAGCAACAGAGCAAGAUUUCGAGUCAAAUAAAGCCGCCCUUCAAUCAGCUAUUAAGACUCAAACAUCACAUAAUCAAUUUGUAAAUUCCUUCAGAAAUCGCAAACUUUCAGAGAGUGAACAAAUACUGCAACUGAAAAAGAAGCUGCUAGGUGAUCUCGAUAAUUCCAACAGGAGAAGCCCCUCUGUUCCAUUUGAUGCAAAUCAAGAUCUUGGUUUUGGAAGCCUGCCCGGAUGUGUGUCUUCUGCUUCAAGUCAUUCUGUUUCAUCGAGUAAGAUGAGAAUCAGAUGGACUCCAGAUCUUCAUGAUCGAUUUGUAGGGUGCGUAAAUCAUCUUGGGGGUUCUGAUAAGGCAACACCCAAGGCAAUCCUAAGGCUGAUGGAUACAGAGGGACUUACAAUCUUUCAUGUCAAGAGCCAUUUGCAGAAAUAUCGAAAUGCAAAAUGCUUGCCGUAUUCGGUGGAAGGAAAAUCUGAAAAGAACACGAGUGCUGAUAAUGUUGCGAAGUUUGACAUAAAAACUGGUAUGCAACUUAAGGAAGCACUGCAAGUGCAACUAGACGUUCAAAAGCAUCUUCACGAACAACUAGAGAUUCAAAGAACUUUGCAGUUGAGGAUUGAAGAACAGGGGAAGCAGCUGAAAAUGAUGUUUGAUCAGCAACAAAAAUCAACUAGAAAUCUCUUUGAUUCCCAAAAUAAAAACCCAAAAUCACCAAAUCUCGACCUCUGUACGACGUUUGAAGGUUCACAGAUUUUGGUUUCAGCAGAGUCAGAUAAUAAUAUGGUCUUCCCCUCCAAGAUAAGUUAG